AUGGAGGCAGCGGUGGAAGUUUCAUUUCUCAAUCGUUCGACCCUUGUAACUGUGCCCAGAACCCAGUUCCAUGCUUUCAGGACCGGGAAAUGGAAACUACCCCCAUCGAGAAAUCGAAUUUUUGGUCUUCGGACUCCUACUCUAACAACUCCAGCUUUACACUUGCAUAGCAGUUCGCCAGCAUUCUUUAAUUCGAGGAGUAGAAGUAGUAAUUUUGGAUCUUCUUUAGUGAUUAGUAUGAGCUGCAGGGGCGGCCAUGUGGAGGACUCCCCCCCUGCUGAGGCAGAGGAAAUUGUGAAUUUAAGGCUUGUGGAGGGUUUAUUGAGGAGAGGUUUUGUUUUAGUGGUUAUGGUGUGUGGGAUUAUGGUGGCAGGCUGCCGGAAAGGGUUUGCGGUGGAAGGGUUUCUGAAUGCCGGUACAAACGCCGCCUUGGAGACGGGUGGGGUUGUGUUGAGGAGUUCUUGGCCCAAGGUUUUGCAGGUGCUCAUGCUCUUUAGAGAGCAAGGCUUGGUUUUGGCUGCAUUGUUGAGUUUGUCGGCCUUUUUCUCCAUGGCCGAGACCUCUAUUACCACACUUUGGCCUUGGAAGGUUCGGGAGUUGGCUGAAAAAGAAUCCGAAGAUGGAGUCUUUAAAUUGCUCCGAAGUGAUGUUACCCGAUUUUUAACUACCAUUCUCAUUGGCACAACGGUGGUGAACAUCGGUGCUACGGCACUAGUUACGGAGGCUGCAACAGCUAUAUUUGGUGAAGCUGGUGUUAGUGCCGCUACUGGAGUGAUGACGGUUGCAAUUUUGCUCCUCACAGAAAUCACACCCAAAAGUAUAGCUGUUCACAAUGCAACAGAUGUUGCUAGAUUUGUGGUCAGGCCUGUGGCAUGGCUUUCCUAUAUAUUGUACCCAGUAGGAAGGGUUGUUACAUAUCUAUCGAUGGGAAUGCUGAAACUCCUUGGUUUAAAAGAUAGAAGUGAACCAUAUGUAACAGAAGAUGAAUUGAAGUUAAUGUUGCGGGGUGCAGAGCUAAGUGGAGCAAUUGAAGAGGAAGAACAGGACAUGAUUGAAAAUGUCUUGGAGAUAAAAGACACAGACGUUGAAGAGGUGAUGACUCCUCUUGUUAAUGUUGUUGCCAUUGAUGCCAGUUCAACACUUAUUGAUUUUCACGAGUUAUGGGUGACUCAUCAGUAUUCCAGGGUGCCUGUCUUUGAACAGCGUAUCGACAAUAUAGUUGGUAUAGCAUAUGCCAUGGAUCUUCUUGAUUUCGUGCAGAAGGGGGAACUACUGGAAAGUUCUACUGUGGGAGAUAUGGCACAUAAACCUGCCUACUUCGUGCCUGAUUCGAUGUCAGUAUGGAAUCUUCUUAGAGAGUUCCGCAUCAGAAAAGUUCAUAUGGCUGUUGUUCUUAAUGAGUAUGGGGGAACUAUUGGAAUAGUAACCCUUGAAGAUGUAGUUGAGGAGAUCGUGGGUGAGAUAUUUGAUGAAAAUGAUUCAAAAGAAGAAAUUCAGAAGAAAACUGGCUAUAUUGUGAUGCGGCCUGAUGGCAGUUAUGAUGUGGAUGCCGACACUUCAAUCGACCAGCUCUCUGAAGAUCUCAAUAUUAAAAUACCUGAGGGUCACCAAUAUGAAUUAGUGUCUGGUUUUGUCUGUGAGGUAUUUGGUUAUAUCCCACGGACUGGGGAGACAACUGAAGUCGUGCUUGAAAGGGAAAAUGAGGAAGAACACAGCGAGUUUAAUGAAGCUGAAUCUGAGCGAUCAGACAAGAACAGUAAGGAGCAAGUGUUUAAGAUUGAGAUAUUAGCAGGAAAUGCGAGGAAGGUAAGUGCAGUUCGAUUUGAACCGUUGAACCGUGACGAUAUUGGAUCCAAGGAGAAAACAAAAGGGUUGAUGCGCUUGGUCCCGAAAAUCAGGAAGAAAAAGAAGGGGGGAGGCAGCAACGAUUCAGACAAGGAAAAUAAUGCUAUCGAGAAUGAAGUUCCCUUUAAUCUCGAUAGUGAUGAGUAUGUAAUACCUGAACAUGUUGACAAUCAUGAGCAUCAUCAUCACAGCAAACAAUAA